GGUCACGUGGUGCCACACUCUGCAGGAGAGAGGAAGGCGCUUUCACCCGUCUGCGUAGGCUGCAGAACAGAGUUCAGGCAGACCGCACUCCAGAGGAGCAAUCAUGCCGAUGUUCGUGGUGAACACCAACGUGGCCAAGAGCGAGGUACCGGUGGCUUUGCUGUCCGACGUGACCGAGGAGCUGGCCAAAGCUAUGGGGAAACCCGCGGAGAAAAUUGCAGUGCAUAUCAUCUCUGACCAAAUAAUGAUGUUCGGAGGAAAGGGAGACCCCUGUGCAGUCUGCUCCCUCCACAGUAUUGGCAAGAUAGGCAGUGAUUACAACAAGCAAUACUCUAAGCUCCUGUGUGGACUGCUCAACAAACACCUGGGCAUCUCUCCUGACAGGAUUUACAUUAACUUUGUAGACAUGGAUGCGGUCAACGUUGCCCGGAACAGCACGACCAUUGGAUAACAGCCGGUUCGCUCACAGAAGUAAAAGAUGAUUCUAGUAUUUUUCUGUAUGUGUGAGCAUAGUUAAAACAGACGGUGAAGUGAAGGCACAAAGACACGUGGUAAUUGCACGGCCAGUGUACUGUUUGGCAAUCUAUUAAGCACUUGGACUAUUUAGUCUAGCACUUGGUCUUUUUCCAAUAAAGUUCAAUAAAUACAACUACAUCCUCAUCUUAA